AUGGAGCCCUCAGGCAGCUGGCUCAGGACAGCCUGCCGAUGGCCUCUGCUCUCGGUGACACUUUGGGGGGUUCUCCUCUGGGCUGGCUGCUUCCUUGACUUAUCCUGGGGGACUGGUACCUUCACUGUGGGGGUGUUGGGUCCCUGGGACUGUGACCCCAUCUUUGCACAGGCCCUGCCCAGUGUGGCAGCCCAGCUGGCAGUGGAUCGAGCCAAUCAAGACCCAUCUCUGGUGCCAGGCACACGACUGAUUUCCGUGGUGGUUCCCACAGGCUGUGACACUCCUGGGGCCCUGGGCACGUUCCUGACCCACAAGGACACUGUGGCUGCUUUUGUGGGCCCCACAAACCCAGGCUACUGCCCUGCAGCAGCCCUGCUGGCCCAAAGCUGGGGCAAGACCCUCUUCUCUUGGGCAUGUGGGUCUGUGCAGGGGAGCGGGGAGCUGGUGGCUACCUUGCCUUCAGCUGCCCACGUGCUGCUCUCUGUCCUGAGGUACUUCGGCUGGGCUCGCAUGGCCAUUGUGUCCUCCCACCAAGACAUCUGGGUGGCCACAGCUCAGCAGCUCGCCACAACUCUUAGGACGCUUGGGCUUCCCGUGGGGCUGGUUACCUCCCUGGGACCCGGGCAGGAGGGAAUCACAGAAGUCCUGCAGCAGCUCUGCGGUGUGGACGGCCUGAAAACUGUGGUCCUGUGCAUGCACUCGGCACUCCUGGGGGGCACAGAGCAGACCUUCCUGCUGAGCCAGGCACAGGCCCGAGGCCUUGUGGAUGGGAGGCUGGUCUUUGUGCCCUACGAUACCCUGCUCUUCGCCUUGCCCUACCACAACCGCACCUACCCUGUACUGGGUCCUGGCGGCUCCCUGCAAGAGGCCUAUGAUGCAGUGCUCACCAUCAGCCUGGAGUCAGGGCCUGCAGAAGCUCAAGGUGCUGGUGGAAAGGAUUCUGUCAGUCUGGAACCACAGCAGGUGUCUCCCCUUUUUGGAACCAUCUAUGAUGCUGUUGUGUUGUUGGCUCAUGCUCUGAAUCACUCUGAGGGCCUUGGUGCAAGAGUCCCUGGAGCCAGUCUAGGGGAUCAUACAGGGGAUUUGGAUGUGGCUGGAUUUAACCAGAGGAUCCGGACAGAUGAGAAAGGCAGAAGGCUGGCACAGUACGUCAUCUUGGACACAGACGGCCAAGGAAGUCAGCUGGUCCCCACUCACAUUCUGGACACAGAAUCAUGGCAAGUGCAGCCCCUCAAGCAGGCUAUACACUUUCCUGGAGGGGGCCCUCCAACUCGGGACUCCAGCUGCUGGUUUGACCCUAAUACACUAUGCAUGAGAGGUACCCAGCCCCUGAGCAGCCUCCUGGCUCUGGUUCUGGCCUGCGUCCUGAUGCUGGCCGGUGGAGUCCUCACUUGCCUUAUCAGGAUUGGCAUCCACCAAUUGCGCCUGGUUCGGGGCCCACACAGGAUCGUGCUGAGCACCGAGGAGCUCACUUUUGUUCAUCAGCCCCCCAGCAGAAGGAGGCUGCAUAUGGACAGCGCUAGUGAGUCAAGGAGCGUGGCAGAUGGUGGAAGCCUGAGGUCGGUGGCCCAGGGGUCUGCAAGGAGCCUGCCAGCCCCCCAGGAGCUGCCCAAUGUGGCCUUAUACCAGGGUGAGUGGGUGUGGCUGAAGAAGUUUGAUGUGGGCACAGGCUCCGAGUUGCGGCCCAGCUGCCUGGGCCUUCUGAGAAAGAUGCGGGAGUUGCGGCAUGAAAAUGUCACCACCUGCCUGGGUUUCUUCCUGGCUCCUGGAUUCAGUGCUCUGGUGCUGGAGCACUGUGUGCGGGGCAGCUUGGAUGAGCUGCUGAGGAACGACGCUCUACGGCUGGACUGGACCUUCAAGGCCUCCCUGCUUCUAGAUCUCAUCCGAGGCCUGCGCUAUCUACACCAUCGCCACUUCCCUCAUGGCCGCCUCAAGUCCCGGAACUGUGUGGUAGAUGGACGCUUCGUCUUGAAAGUCACUGACUAUGGUUAUGGGGAGCUCCUGGAAGCUCAGCGUGUUCCCCGUCCUCACCCAGCCCCAGAAGAGCUCCUGUGGACGGCUCCGGAGCUGCUGCGAGAGUCUGGGGUGCCUGGGCAAGGUACCCUCAAAGGAGAUGUCUUCAGCCUUGGCAUCAUUCUGCAGGAAGUGCUGACUCGAAGUCCUCCUUACAGCUCCUCAGGACUCUCAGCAGAAGAAAUCAUCAGGAAGGUGGGCUCUGCUCCUCCGUUGUUCCGGCCAAUGGUGUCUCCGGACCAUGGGCCUUCCGAGUGCAUCCAGCUGAUGGAGCAGUGCUGGGAAGAGGCUCCCGAAGACAGGCCCAGCCUGGACCACAUCUACACCCAGUUCAAAAGCCUCAACCAAGGCAAGAAGACCAGUGUGGUUGACUCGAUGCUACGAAUGCUGGAGAAAUAUUCCCAGAACCUAGAGGACCUGAUCCAGGAGAGGACAGAGGAGCUGGAGCUGGAGCGGCAGAAGACAGAAAGGCUUCUCUCUCAGAUGCUACCUCCCUCUGUGGCCGAAGCUCUGAAAAUGGGAACAACUGUGGAGCCAGAGUACUUUGACCAGGUCACCAUCUACUUCAGCGACAUUGUUGGUUUCACCACCAUCUCAGCCCUGAGUGAGCCUAUUGAGGUGGUGGGCUUACUCAAUGAUCUCUACACACUGUUUGAUGCUGUUCUGGGCAGCCACGACGUGUAUAAGGUAGAGACCAUCGGGGAUGCCUACAUGGUUGCUUCAGGGCUGCCUCGGCGCAAUGGCAGGCGGCAUGCAGCAGAGAUUGCCAACAUGGCCCUGGACAUACUCAGCUCCGUGGGUGACUUCCGCAUGCGGCAUGCUCCCGAUGUGCCUGUGCGCAUCAGGGCUGGUCUGCACUCAGGGCCCUGCGUGGCAGGCGUGGUGGGCCUGACCAUGCCUCGUUACUGCCUCUUUGGGGACACUGUCAACACUGCAUCCCGGAUGGAGUCCACAGGCUUGCCCUACAGAAUUCACGUCAGCCGAAGCACGGUGCAGACACUGCUCAGCCUGGAUGAAGGCUACAAAAUUGAUGUCAGGGGCCAGACUGAGUUGAAGGGAAAAGGCAUAGAGGAGACUUACUGGCUGGCAGGGAAGGCCGGCUUCCCCAGGCCCCUCCCGCCACCUCUGCAUAUCAAGCCUGGGGAACCCUGGCAGGACCUCAUCAACCAAGAAAUCAAGGUGGCUUUUGUCAAAGCCCGCCAAGGCACUCAGGGGACCAACAGCUCCGGGAAGGCCCCAGCAGGGUCAUGA